UUGAAAAAUCUCCAUGAACAAUCUCAAAGGAAUACUUAGAAUGCACUCUUGGGGAAUGAAAGUUAUGGAAUCCUAAUUUGUGACAUCAUCAGGUUUUGUUUUUUGGUUUUGUUUUUUUUGUAAGCAGACAUUUAUAAUUCUCGAAGAAUAAAUCAAAAAGGAAGCCCCAUCUACGAUUUCAGCAAAACUCUUAAAGAACCAACUACAUGAUGGACAUAAAGUUGGACCCUUCCAGAGAUGAUCUGCCUCUCAUGGCCAACACCAACCACAUACUUGUGAAACAUUAUGUGCUAGAUUUAGAUGUGGAUUUUGAAUGUCAAGUCAUUGAGGGCACCAUAGUGCUUUUCUUUGAGGAUGGAAACAGACUGAAGCAAUGGAGUCGAUCCUGUAAGGAAACCUGCCAAAUGGAGUCAAAUGAAGCCUGCACAUUAAGGACACCUGAACCCUGCCAUAUUCCUGUGACAAAUGCAAGGUCUUCUUCAUCUAAAAUGGGAUAUAAUAAUUUUGCAAUCUGUGGUAAAGGUGAUAAAGAUAUUUCUGAUAAAGAUGGUAACCAUGACAACCAGGAACAGGCUUCUGGGAUCUCUAUCUCAAAGUAUUCCUGUGACACAGAGAAUCAUGGGAGAGAGGAAUUUUUGCUAGUGUUGGACUGCUGUGAUUUAUCUGUGUUAAAGGUCGAGGAGGUGGAUGUUGCUGCUGUGCCAGGUAUUGAAAAAUUUACAAGGUCUCCCAAGCUCACGGUUAUUUCUGAGGAGCUCAGGAAUGAGAUGGUUCAUGAGCUUGUGACUCUGCCUGCAGAUCAUUGGAGGGAGCAGUUAGAUUAUUUUGCUCGCUGCAGCCAGGCUCCUAGCUGUGGGGAACUCAUCUUUGACACUGACACUUGGAGUUUACGGAUCAGGAAGACAGGAGCUCAGACAGCUACUGACUUUCCUCAUGCCAUCAGGAUAUGGUAUAAAACCAAACCCGAGGGGCGAUCAGUUACUUGGACCUCAGACCAGUGUGGCAGGCCAUGUGUUUAUACUAUGGGAUCUCCCAUAAACAACAGGGCCCUUUUUCCAUGCCAGGAGCCACCCGUUGCCAUGUCAACAUGGCAGGCUACAAUUCGAGCAGCUGCAUCUUUUGUUGUUUUAAUGAGUGGAGAAAAUUUUGCCAAACCAACCCUGCUUCAGGAAGGGUGUUUAAGCUGGCAUUACUAUGUAACUAUGCCAAUGCCAGCCUCCACCUUCACGAUUGCAGUGGGAUGCUGGACAGAAGUGAAGCCUGAGGCAGAUUCACCAAGUGAUCUGGAGGCAGAGAGAUCCUUGCCACCUUCUGAGACUGACUUCAGAUACAUUGAUGUUUGCAGUCACAUGGAAUACCCCUGCCGCUUCCAGUGUGCCUCUGCCAUCACCCAGGAGAUCAUUCCUCAUCGAGUCUUUGCACCAGUAUGCCUCAAGGAUGCCUGCCAAGAGACCCUACUACCACUGAUCCCACUUUGUCUCUCAGCUGCACAUUCUGUCCUAGGAACACAUCCUUUCUCCAGGCUGGAUAUACUUAUCGUCCCUGCCAACUUUCCAAGUCUGGGGAUGGCCAGCCCACACAUCAUCUUCCUCUCCCAGAGCACCUUGACAGGCAUGAGCCAUCUCUGUGGGACCCGACUCUGCCAUGAAAUUGCUCAUGCCUGGUUUGGCCUCGCUAUUGGGGCCAGAGACUGGACGGAGGAGUGGCUGAGUGAAGGAUUUGCCACUCACUUAGAAGAUGUAAUCUGGGCUGAAGCACAGCAGCUGUCCCACCAUGAGGCCCAUGAGCAUCAAGAGCUGAGGGCUUGCUUGCGCUGGCAUCGCCUCCAGGAUGAGCUGCAGAACUCUUCUGAGGAGAUGCAGGUGUUAAGACCCAGAAAAGAGAAAACUGGCCAUGUGAGUGACUCAGGAGCAUCUGUUGUCAAACAUGGACUCAAUCCAGAGAAGACCUUCAUGCAGGUUCACUAUUUAAAGGGCUACUUCCUUCUGCGAUUUCUUGCCAGAACCCUUGGAGAUGAAACCUAUUUUUCAUUCUUAAGAAAAUUUGUGCACAUGUUUCAUGGGCAGUUGAUUCUUUCACAGACUUUCCUUGAAAUGUUGUUGGAGAACAUUCCAGAAGAAAAAAGGCAAGAGCUGUCCAUUGAAAACAUUUUCCAAGAUUGGCUUGAGAGUCCCAGAAUACCUAAGGUACCUUACGUUCAUUGCUCUAGAAGAGUCUGUGGAAAAAACCAAUGGGUAACUGCAAGUAAGAAACCUUUUCUUGGCCAUGUCGAGCUCUGUGGGAAUGCUGACCUGGAACUUCUCUUCCCUUCUCUUUCAGUCUUAUGCUUCGCAGAGAACAGUCGCUUUGGCGGUCCACCGCGGCUGAAGGGCUGCAGGUCUGCACUGGCGCAGGCCGGUGCAGUCACGAAAUGGAUCCGAGUGAACCGGAGACCCCGAAAACGGAAACGAGGGGAGCCAGAAGAGGUGUUUGAAAAGCUUCUUCCAGACCAACUGAUCUUGCUUCUGGAGCAUCUCUUACAGCAGAAGACCCUGAACUUGCGAACUCUGCAAAGCCUUCAGCGGACGUACAACCUCCACAAGCAGGAUGCAGAGGUUCGCCACCGGUGGUGUGAGCUUGUUAUUAAGCACAAGUACAGCAAAGCCUACAAACAUGUGGAGAGAUUCCUUCAGGAGGACCAGGCCAUGGGCGUGUACCUCUAUGGGGAGCUGAUGGUGAAUGAGAAUGCCAGACAGCAGCAGCUGGCACACAAGUGCUUUGCGCUGACCAAAGAGCAGAUGGACAGAUCCUCAGCAGAAGUGGUGGCUGAAAUGCUGUUCUAAAGAGGGAAGAUCACAGUGAGAUGGUCUUUCAUAUGUCUCCUCCUAGUCGUGGUGGGACAGGAUUGCACUGACCCUGGACAUCAAAAGAAGAAUUACGUGGCUGCUAAAGCCAUCAGCCCACAUCAGAAUUUGUGUCUUGGGCUUCUCUUUCCCAGAGCCUGGGCUCAGCUGGGCAGAUAGAAAAGGUGGAUGGAUCCUCAUAAAGUCUCCCACCCAGCAGCUGCCUGACCAUGCUUGUUUUCUGCCUGAGAUACUGAGUCCUCUGGAGCUCUGCUGUGGUCCAAAAGCUUCGUGUCCACUCAUACAGAUUCAAGAUACUGAGCCUUUAGAACCUGCUGGAUGACUGUAGGCCCUUCAGCAUGUGGCUGCUCCUGGAUAUUUGUGAUUCACAGAGAGGGUCACAGCUUCCUGGGUCCUGGGAACACUGAACACUGAGGCUUCCUGGAAGGUUCCCAAAAGGUUUUAUUGUGAUUGCUAAAACAUUUAAUGUCUUCCAAACUUUUGAUAACUUUUUGUAAAAGUACAAGUCAGGAGCCUGAGAUGUGUUAAUAAAGUGAAAUUGAUUUAUUUAAA